AUUUUUAAGUAAAAUUUUAUGCAAAGGAUAGCCUUAUUUUCAACAGCCUCUAUAAUAUAUUGGAGAAGUCGAAAAAAUUAAAACGAAGAAAUCUUUUAGGUUUUACAUAAAUAAACAUAAAACUAAAUAGUAAAAUUCUUUCUAAAUGGCAGAAUAAUUGGUUAGGGAGCAGUUUUGAAAAAUGGAUUUGUAGUUACGAGUUGUGAAGUAUUUGAAAAUUACUAAAGAUAAAUUACUGCAUAAAUAAAUGGUUAGCUAUAAAAUUAUGAGAUAAUAAAAGUUGAGGAAGGAUUAGCAAUCUUAAAAAUAUAAGAAUAGAAAUCUGAAUUUAAUCUAUCAAAAUAUGAGAUAGGAUAGAAUGCAUAUGUAUUAGGGACAGAUGAGUAAGGUUUGAAAGAAUUUAAAUAAUGUCCUAUAACAGAUAGCAAUUUUACAUUAGAUAUAGGAUUAGUAGGAGAGGAGGCUUUAAAUUAGACAUUUCCAUUUAUUUUGAUGAAUGGAUGUUAUUCUAGUCCUGGAAGUAAUUAAUGAUGAUAUGUAGGUCCUGUAUUAAAUAAGAAUGGAUAAUUAUUGGGGAUAAUAAGUGGGAAGUUUAAAAACAAGACUUAAGUAGUUCCAUCUGAAUUUUUUAAAGGAUUAGAAAAAGGAAAGUCUGUAGUGAAACCUUAUUUAGGAUUGACUUUAAAGACUUCUGAUUAAGGAGGUGCUUUUAUAAUAAAAAUAAAUUCUGGUAGUCCAGCAGAGAAGGCAGGUUUAAAAUUAGGAGAGAUAAUUAAAUCAGUAGAUGGGAUUAAAAUUUAACAUGGAAAAGAUGUUACUAAAUUAUUAGGAGUUACUGAAAAUACAGAUAGUCAUACUAUGGUGAUUUUAAGAAAUGGAAAGGAGAGAAUUGUGUAAGUGAAUUUACAAUGA